AUGCAGCUCAUCACUUCUCUCGCCGCAGCCUCUAUUCUUGCAUCCAAUGUUCUCGCCCACCCUGGCCAUGAUAUUCGUGCUGAGAUGGCAGAACGAGCUGCUUUCAUGCAGACAAGUAAGCGAGACCUGAGUCAUUGUGCUGCAAAGAUGAAGGCUCGCGGUUUGGACCAAAGCUCCGUUGCUCGACGAGCAGCUAUUGCCAAGGAUGCUCGCAAGAAGAGAAGCAUUGCCACUGACACUCCAUCUCUCAAAGUCCGUGACGCUGAUACUGUCCUCAACACAACUCACUUGUCCAGUGUAGCAUACUCAAAUGCUACCGAUGAAUCUAUCCUCUUUGCAGGCAACAACUCUUGCAUCUUAUCUCCCGAGGUUACACAAGGCCCUUACUACGUAUCUGGCGAGUACGUUCGCGAGAACAUUGUUGAGGACCAAGAAGGGGUGGAGCUCAUCCUUGAUACACAAGUGAUCGACAUGGCAACUUGCGAUCCUGUCACAGAUGCAGUCAUCGAGAUCUGGCAUUGCAAUUCCACCGGUGUCUACUCUGGGAUCGUUGCUUCUGGCAAUGGCGAUUCGUCCGACGCAGCAAACAUCAACGCCACUUUCCUCCGUGGCCUUCAGCCUACCGAUGACGAUGGCGUAGCACAGUUUACAACUCUGUUCCCGGGUCACUAUACCAGCAGAUCCAACCACAUUCACGUCCUUGCUCAUUUCAAUGGCACAACAUACGCCAAUGGCACUUACGGUGGUGGCUACGUUUCGCAUGUUGGACAGCUCUUCUUCGACCAAGAUCUCAUUACGCUUGUUGAAGCUACCUCGCCUUACACAACCAACACGCAAAACCUCACAACCAACGCAGACGAUUCUAUCUUUGCCCAAGAAGCAGCUAGCUCUGAUCCUGUUGUUGAAUAUUCUCUCCUUGGCGACGAUGUUUCUUCGGGAAUCUUUGGAUGGAUUGCUUUUGGUAUUGACUUGACGAGCGAGCAGACUCUUACUCCUGCCGCCAGUUUGUAUGCUACUGGUGGUGUUGAGAAUGAGAGUUCAGGUGGAUCUGGCGGAUCUCCUCCACGUAGAUGA